AUGGGGAAUUUCAGGUUUCCAAUCAAGACUAAGCUUCCACCAGGAUUCCUAAAUGCUAGAGUUAUUAGAGACAAUUUUAAGAGACAACAAUUUGCAGAAAAUGAAGUAACUACGAAGGCUUUGAAGUUCAUCGCUAGAAAUACUACCUUACCACCACGUACAAGGCUUGAAGCUCAAUUGAAACUAACAACUAUGCCCAAUUACACAAGACUGACACAGGUUAGAAACAGAUGCGUGGAAACAGGCCAUGCGAGGUUUGUGUUAAGCGAUUUCAGACUAUGCAGAACACAAUUUAGAGAAAAAGCUAGAAGCGGUGAUCUACCUGGUGUCAAGAAGGGUGUUUGGUGA